CUACAGGGGCCUGCACAAUGACCCCCCAUGUUCCACAGCGUCCAGGCAUAAACUGGGUCCCCGGGGAGGGCAACCGACCCAGAAAGCUUCAUGCCGGGUCAGAUCUUUAAAGCCCGUGCCUCCCUUUGGGAGGGAUGCGGGGGGUCAUAAACUGGCUCCAGCUAAAAGCCCCUUCCUCUGCGGAGUGGAGCUGCCAGGGAAGAGACUGCUGGACUUUGGCUGCUGUGGGUUUUUUUUUUUUUAAACAGGAAUGAAGCCUGGCGCCGGCUGAUGGUGCAACAGAGAUUGCCUCCCCCGCCACGUGAUGUGGGGAAACCAGUCACCAAGUGGGAGAGGAGAAGGCCAGUGGAGAAAGGGGGAAAGAGAGCGAGCGAGCGAGCAGGGAAAGGCUGGCAGGGCAGUGCUUGGCCUCUGAGCCAGGCGGGGGAGGGGGAAAGCCCCGCUUCCCAGUGGAUCUCAAGGAGCUAGAGGUGAAAAGCCAAGCCAGGGGGUGCCCUAGCCCUCCGACAUCCCCAAAGGUGUGGGUGUGAGCCGGCCCGCAGGAGAGGGGAGGAGACUCCCAAUGUUUAAACUCCCCAGCCCCGGUGGCUCUGGCUUGAUGGAUGGAGCCAAGGGGGAGCAGCUAAGGCGCUAGACCCGGCUCCUGCAGAGGACAGACAGCUCCGCCUGCGUGGAGAAGCCCGGCGUGGGAAGCCGGACCCCAGGGAGGACUGGGGCUUGCUGGACCGGACUGAGCACUGCAUGGUCCCUGGACAGGAGUGGGCAAUAACACCCCCCCCCCCCGCCCCAGCAAUUGAGCGUUGCGCUGGAGCCAACGUGGUAACCUGCCGCCCACUCUGGAUUGUGUCGGGGCCCGGCCUUGCUUCGCGCCGCGAUGUAUCAGAGCCUGGCCAUGGCCGCGAACCACGGCCCCCCAGCCUACGAGGGGGCCGGCGGGUUCAUGCACGGCGGGGCGGCCGCCUCCCCGGUCUACGUGCCCACCACCCGGGUCACCUCCAUGCUCCCCAGCCUGCCCUACCUCCAGAGCGGCGGCUCCUCCCAGCAGGCCAGCCCGGCCUCCAGCCACUCCAUCUGGACGCAGCCCGGCGCCGAGCCCGCCGCCUACAACCCCGGAGCCUCCCACCCGCCCGUCUCGCCCCGCUUCUCCUUCUCGCCCGGCGCCUCCCGGGAGGCCGCCCCGUACAGCGGCCCGCUGAGCCGGGAGCAGUACGGCCGGGGCUUCGGCGGCUCCUACUCCGGCCCCUACCCCGCCUACGUGAGCCCGGAGAUGGGCACCACGUGGAGCGCCUCGCCCUUCGACAGCCCCAUGCUGCACAACCUGCCCAACCGGGGCGCCGCGGGGGCCGCCCGGCACGCCAACCUCGAGUUCUUUGACGACUACUCUGAGGGGCGAGAAUGCGUCAACUGCGGAGCCAUGUCCACCCCACUCUGGAGGAGAGACGGCACGGGACACUACCUGUGCAACGCAUGUGGGCUCUACCACAAGAUGAACGGCAUCAACCGACCGCUGAUCAAACCCCAGAGGCGGCUGUCCGCCUCCCGCCGCGUUGGGCUCUCUUGUGCCAACUGUCACACGACCACGACCACGCUGUGGCGCAGAAACGCUGAAGGCGAGCCAGUCUGUAACGCCUGCGGAUUGUACAUGAAGCUCCACGGGGUCCCAAGGCCUUUAGCAAUGAGAAAAGAGGGGAUUCAAACGAGGAAACGUAAGCCGAAGAACCUUAACAAAUCCAAGACACCAGCAGGACCGUCCAGUAGUGAGAGUCUUACCCCCACCACCAGCUCCGCCAGUAACACCAACACCACCACCACCACCGAGGAAAUGCGCCCCAUAAAGACGGAACCGGGGCUUUCAUCUCAUUAUGGGCACCCGAGCCCUAUUUCUCAGGCAUUCUCAGUCACCGCGAUGUCUGGGCACGGAUCUUCUAUUCACCCUGCUAUUUCAGCCCUGAAGCUUUCCCCACAGGGCUACCAAUCAGCCAUCAGCCAACCUCCACAGGCCAGCUCCAAACAGGACUCCUGGAAUAGCCUGGUCUUAGCCGAAAGCCAUGGAGACAUCAUAACUGCAUAACCUCUUCCUCCUCCCAUGAACUUCAGGCUCACCCACGUGAGAUACAAAGACGCCACAUAAUAAUCAAGCAAAAGUGUUUGCUUUUCCCCCCUCUCUCCUCGAGGGAAGUAUGAUGUAAUUCUGGAAGAACAAUUCCGUACGGUAUUAUAAAGAGGACUUCCAGGAACAGCUAAUACUAAGUAAGCAGAGAAGACCCAGUUUCAUCAUAACAGUGGUUGAUCUGAAUCUUUCCCUUUAAACAGACCAGAUUGUAACCACUUUCUAUGAAACAGCCAGAAACAAAGACAGGACUCAGGUGUUUUUUAAACUUCUGGCUUUGACAUCUCGGAUAGUGAUGGCACGGAGACACUUUCUUCUUCUCACCAUCCAUUCGUUUCCUGACCAGGUCAGCCCAGGAGAAAAUGCCAUUGCCUUGUUAUCGCCCAAAGGCAGAGAGUUGAUGACCUUCCAUUCAGCAAAGCUGGCUCCAGGACAAUUUGUUACGUAGACUUAAUUUGACACAACUUUGGCUGCUUUUGUGGAUUUCAAUACCAUGAUUUGGUUUAAGAAGAAAGAAGAACUCAGCUCACAUAUGUACCAAAACAUCCAAAGCUUUGUUUUCAUGUUACCAAGGAGUCAGAGAACCGAACCAUUGUACUUAUUUAACAGGAACGAUUUUGUCUUUCCUAAUUAUGGGAUCGUGUUUCCAAAAGGCUGGAGAAGGUCUCGCAGCCAGGCCUAAUGCUUCAGUGAAAGUCUUUGCGAGUUGCGGGGGAAGAGACCCAGAGAGUUUAUGAAAAACAUGAUGGAAAAUGUUGGAUUCUGCCCUUUGAGAUAGCAAGGAGCCUGGCUCGAGGAUCUCUAGAGCAGGGCAACACUGUGAUUACCGCCGUGACAUGGUGCUGCAAUUGUGUAUGAUCCUGUGGCCUAUCACAAUUAAUUAUUCUACGUUCUUUUUGAUGUUUUCCGUUGCCAUUGAUAAAUCUGAUUAUCUUUUUUCCAUGGCAGUAUCUGCCUUUUAACCCAAACACAGACCUGUUUCCCUCCCCCACGUCCAACUAAAGCCAAUUAGCAAUUCAGCUUUCCUAAAGGCAUCACUGUGGGCAGAAAGCGGCCUUGUGAUCAUCCACUGUGUAACUGAAUAUCAUAGGCAGGGAAAAAUCUAGUCGCCAGCUAAGCAUGAGCACACAGCUGUGAUAUCCAUGGGACAAGCUUAAUUACAUGUAUUUUUUAAAUAUGAAGAGACUAGUAUUAUCUCCCCACAAGGCCCAGAAGAGUGGCUGCCCCAUGGAGGGCCAGCCCUAUUUGUGUAGGCAGAGAACUUCUUGGGGCCCUUUUGAUCAACCAAACAGGUUUCCCGAUCUCCUUCUCCCCCCCACCCCAAUUCUCAGGCACCCAUCUCUCCUCUUGUCUGCCCAACCUUUCUCUGUCCUCCUUAGAGUCAAAACUUGACUGUGUAAAGCACUAAAAGAAAAUAUAGAGAGGGGAGGGAUUGUGCCCCUCAGAUCCAUAUACGAAGGUGUCUGCGGUGUGUGAGUCUCUCCUGAACAGAUGGGGUGGAGGAGGCCCCUAAGCUGUCGCCAUGGAAACAUUCCACAUUUCCCUCCAACCCUGCAAAGGCCUCUCUGUAGGUCUGAAGUCAACACAGGGGUGAGUGGGUGAGAACGCGAUGGUCAGAGAUGGGGCUGUGGAGAGACAAAGGGCUGUUUUGUCUCCCCACUGCAACUUCCCUGGGUGGUGGGAUGCCCCUUUAAGGGGGUGUUGCCCCGGCAGGCCCAGCUGGGGAGAUGUUAAUGGAGCUGCGCAGACAGGGGCUGGGAGCGAGGGGUGCAGCGUUGCAAUGGAAGCAUGGACCCUUCCAGUACUCCUGGGAUCUGAAUAGAUCCUUGGAGAUCCAGAGGGUUUCUGGAUGGGUUCCGCAGGCGGGAGGUAACUGCACCCCCUGGUGGCCGAACAAUGUGGGGCAGGAGAUCCUUGUGGUGUUUUACACCAUAGGGUAUCCUGCAGUAGGGGGGGCAUGAUCCAGCCAGUAAUAAGGAACAAUCCUGCAUAGGCCCAUGGGAAUGGAUUCCAUGACCUGCUAGGUCUUUUCCAUCUCUAACUUCUAAGAUUCCCAGAAUCUCUAUCUCCAUCACCCCUCAACCUCUUACCUUGCAAGGACCGAUAUCAAGGCUGGUCUUAUUAACAUCUUCAUUAAUGAUCUAGAAGAGGCAGUACAUGAGGUAUUAAUAAAAUCUGCAGAUGAUACCAAAUGAUCUACAGAUCAUAGUAAGUUGUGAAUGCUAGUGAGGAGAGAAAAACAAUACAGACGGUACUAGGCCCAUUGAAAUACAUGGGUGUUUUUCUGUUGACUUCAGUGGGCUUUGAAUCAGGCCCGUAGCGAGGUUAAAAAUGUGGUCAGAAAAGAACAACAGGGCAUUCAGGCUGGAAAAAUACAAGCUCAUACAGCUGGGGGGAAAAUAACACAAAAGACAAUAUGAUUUUGAGAAAAGAAAAGGAGUACUUAUGGCACCUUAGAGACUAACAAAUUUAUUUGAGCAUAAGCUUUUGUGAGCUACAGCUCACUUCAUCGGAUGCAUUCAGUGGAAAAUACAGUGGGGAGAUUUAUAUACAUAGAGAACAUGAAACAGUGGGUGUUACCAUACACACUGUAAUGAGAGUGAUUACUUAAGGUGAGCUAUUACCAGCAGGAGAGCUGGGGGGGAUGGGGGAGGGGACCUUUUGUAUUGAUAAUCAAGGUGGGCCAUUUCCAGAAGUUGACAAGAACGUCUGAGGAACUGCUGGAAAUGGCCCACCUUGAUUAUCACUACAAAAGGUUUCCCGCCCCCCCCCCCCCCCUUAAGUGAUCACUCUCCUUACAGUAAAAAGAAAAGGAGGACUUGUGGCACCUUAGAGACUAACCAAUUUAUUUGAGCAUGAGCUUUCGUGAGCUACAGCUCACUUCAUCGGAUGCAGUGUGUAUGGUAACACCCAUUGUUUCAUGUUCUCUAUGUAUAUAAAUGUCCCCACUGUAUUUUCCACUGAAUGCAUCCAAUGAAGUGAGCUGUAGCUCACGAAAGCUUAUGCUCAAAUAAAUUUGUUCGUCUCUAAGGUGCCACAAAGUCCUCCUUUUUGCGAAUACAGACUAACACGGCUGCUACUCUGAAACCUGUCAAUAUAAUUUUGAGAUGAAUGCACAGAGGCAGCAGAUUGCUGACAGCAUCUCCCUGGGCAUGAGUGUGGUUCUUCUGGCUAGGCAGCUCCUUCUUUCACUGGAUCCUUCAGCCAGCCUUCUCCCUGAGUAACAGCACCUCUUUAAAUCUGGUGAACUCGCUGUCCACCUGUGUCUGAAACUGCCCUAUACUUUCCUUUCCCUUAGAGAGAUGCACACUCACACACACCUUGAACUUGACCUAAAGUAAUGCCAACAUCUGGGGACACUUCAAAGUAGGUUGGACAAAACGCUAGUAAAUGUAGAAAUUCAAGUAUCGUACCUUGAUGGGGAUCCCGCAGGGCUAGAUGAUCUUCUAGCUGCUUGCCAUCUCUGGAAUCUAGGACCCAAAGCAAACAGAAUGUUCCUUUCUCUCUGUGAGUCCAUUCAGUGGUUUGCCCCUGCCCACCCUUCAGGCCUGGGGAGAUAUGGAGCUAGGGCUCUUCAAUGCAUAAGGGGGUUUUUGAGGGUCUUUGCACCACGAGACAUAGCCACCUCUGAAGCAGGGAGCUUUGGAGGCCUGAGGAAAGCAGUUUUGCUACGUUUAGCAGAAAAAUGAAUUGUUUCAAUAUUCUUCAUGUAGCCUUAUUUCUCUCUCCGUUGUACACAGCAGAAGUACAGAUGAGUCAAGAGACCUUCUUGUUCUACUGCUCUUUUAAUUCAUCCAACACUGCUCUCAGAUAUUUUAGAUCCACAACCCUAGUCUACUUCCUACCCAAUAGUGUUGUUAUUAAUCAAGUUUAUUAUGGUAGUGCCUAAGGAGCCACUGAGAAUGGGGCCUCAUUGUGCUAGGUGCUGCAUAAACCCAGAGUAGCAGACAGUUCCUGCCCAAAGAGCUUACAAUCUAAAUAGCUGUUAGACAUUAGCUAGAGACUAAGCUAAUUAUUAUUCUUAUUUAUUAUUUGUAGUAUUUUAGCUCCUCAGAGCCCCAGUCAUGGAUAAGGACCUGGUUGUGCUAGGUGCUCGACAAACACAGGAUGGGAAAUGGACAUAUUAAUUCAAACACAAGGCUUCCAAGCAAUUAGUCUGCGAAGGCCAGCGGUGGGCUGAAAGUCAGUUGCAAGACCUAGGAGCAUGUACAGAUCCUUCUGCAGGUCAGAGACAGUUUAGAAGGGGGUGAUGUUGAGAAAGGAGAUCAUGUUUAUUAGGCUGAUGAAUUCUAGAAAUGGGGGAGAUCUGAGAAACCUCCUAAGACAGUGGCUCUCAAACUUUUUUACUGAUGACCCCUUUCACAUAGCAAGCCUCUGAGUGUGACCCCCCCUUAUAAGUUAAAAACACUUUUAAAUAUAUUUAACGCUAUUUUAAAUGCAGGAGGCAAAGCGGGGUUUGGGGUGGAGGCUGACAGCUCGCAACCUCCCCAUGUAAUAACCUUGCGACCCCCUGAAGGGUCCCGACCCCCAGUUUGAGAACCCCUGGCCUAAGAAGUAUUAUGAAGCGAUGAGGUCUGAACACAACAGCCUUCGGGGGUUUGGUACAGCCCAUUGUAAAGCGAGGGUCCAUUUAUAAAUUUGGGGGGUUAUAUUUUAGCCACUCCCUUCUUUAGUUUGGAGGGGAGGGGCUUGGAUCCGGGGGGAGGGGGGAUUUGUUUUGGUUUCGGUUCUGGCCCAUCUCUAAUAAAAUAAGAUGAGCAGGUUACUGAAAGCUUAUAAAGACAAGAUUAUUUAUUAUUUGUAUUACAGUAUGACCAGUGGCCUCAAUCAGGGCCCCAUUGUGUUAGGCGCUGUGCAAAAACAGAGCAUUCUGUCCUGCCCUAAAGAGCUUAAAAUUGAAGGCCCUGAUCUUGCAAACACAUAAGCACGUGCACAAAUUCAGUCAUGUGAGGAGUCCCAUAAAAAUCAGUUAGGUUCCUCACAUGAGUAAAUUUAUACAUGUAUUUAAAUAUUUGCAGGAUCAGGGUCUAAGCUGCAAAUACCAGUAAAAUCAGACCUCCGUUAUGGGCCCUUUGGUAAUAUAGGGACAUGCGGAGAAGGUAGCCAUGGUGGAUACUGGUGGGUUAGAAAGGUCAUUUACCAGUACUGAUUGUCUUUCAUCUUUGUGAAAGUGCAAUAUCUUUAAUCACUGAUACAUUUUUUGAUCAGAAAAGAUCUGUAUUUAGAUUGCAGUCUUACUGGCUGAUUGGAACGUAUCUGAUCAGGAAGCAUUAAGGAAAUUUGAAGGGGAAUUGUAAUGCUGAUCAACAAUUCUUAAUGUAACUCUGAAGCUGUGACUAUGUUGUGGGGUUUUUUGUUUUUCUUUUUCCUUUGGUAAAGUUUGGUGCUUUCCAAACUCAUCGGGAAGGUCCCAUGAAAACAGACACUUAUUUGUAAGGGUGGGGGGGGGAAUGAACAAGCUGUAAUUAUUUAAAGAUGUAAAAAAAUAUAUAUUAUGAAUUAGUAUGGCUACCAAUCCACAUAACUUCUACACCUUUCGAACUAAUGGAAAUAAAACAAUGGUAAUAAAACUUAUAAUAAUA